AUGUUCCCGUCCACGGAAGUCGAAGCGACUCCCGAACCCCUAAAGCCAUUACUCACCAGAGAAAUCUUAGCCUGGAUUUCAGAUGGAUGGAUUAUGGAAAGUGAAUUGUGGCAGCCAAUUUUACUUGCUGCAUUAUACUGGUUCUUACCUUUCUUUGUAUUGUAUUUGGUGUACAAAUGGGAGGUUUUUAUUCUUCAUUAA